AUGGAUCACGUGUGGAUCCUUCCACGCGGCAAUCGACCCGCUCUACCACGGGUUGGCUUGAACUGUGGAUUCCACCCGCUGGACCCUGUUCUGAGACACCCCGGAUCGGGCCGUUUCAGAGGGACCCAGAUCACAUCGUCUCUGCUUUUGAUAGUGGAAAUACUGGGGACGGUGGUGCCGUUUCGCCCUGGAGUGUUCCAACUUUAUUGGUAUCUAAAAGCAUUUCGCACGAUACUCGCUGCCAUGGCGCCUUCCUCCGCACGAAUGCUUCUUGGAUCGCCUCCUCCUGGAACGGAAAUUGACUUGGAAGAUCUGUCUCGACGAACCAGCCUUUCCACUGACGACAGAAGACGGCUACCCCAGCAACAGAGCCACCGAAGAAUGGCAAUGUGGAUAGCAGAACAUCUCAGAAUUGAUUCAUGGCGCGAGCCAAAUUCCGACAGGGUCUUUGAAACUGUCUCCGGCCACAAAUCACUGAAGAAGAACUACCGCAAAAUCGCCCGACGACCCAACCUUCACACAGCCGAACGCGUCUUUAUAUACAGAGCGACUAAUGCGACUGAACUCAAUUUCGCCAAACAUGAUACUUGGGCCGCAUGUCUCGGACGGAUUCCAUCUCCUGAAGAGACAAGUGACGCUGCUGUGUUCGAAGUAUGCGUCAUUUCCACCGAUACCACGAACCUUGGCCGUGCGUUCUCUUUCAUUGACAAAAUAUUUCUAAUUACCUAUGACCACCGCCAACACGCUUAUUCUUCGUUGAGUGAAAUGGUCGUACGGAUGGUCCAGCGUCAUUGGAGACUGAAUGAUGAAAUAACGGCCAAGAUAAUGGAAAGCCUGUAUGCAAAGCAGCUUUCUCUCUCGUCGUGGCAACCGAAGUUACCAUCUUACCAAUGCCAUACUCCCAUUGACAUUGCUCCUCACGUGCCAUUGAAGUUUGAACUUAAAUGGAUACAUGCUCCGCACUACGCGACUGACCUUUCAGUCUACGUGUUUCGACCGUAUGGAAGACAUCCUCAAGUAGAGAGCUUGGAUGUUAUUCUGACAUCGAGGCAAUACGAGCAGAUGAGACGGGCAAUUGUGGUUGUGAACUCUCAUCAAGUCUUGACCAAGUUGCGAAGAGGCAAGUUCACCACGCAGGUUCUGGAGCACAAUACCUUUAGCCUUUCGUACACUCUCCACAUCUUUGAAGCUGUGUGUUCGGAGGUCACCGCUGGAUUGGCCGCUUUCAUAACACGGGCGUGCGAAGAGAUAAACUACAUGGUCUAUGAAGGACGACUACGACCCUCUGGGAGCAAAAUGCAAUACCUUAGCCAUCUGGAAGAUUGCCACCUUGUUGCCAAGUACUGCUGCAGGACAAACAGACACACCCUGCAGUUACUACUGGACAAAGUCAACUCUAUUCAAGGACCUCGUGCUGACGAGGAGGCGAACCAGAUCAGUCACCUUGAAUUGGUGAUGAAGGAUCUAGAAUACCUGCACGACGAACUUGAAUCGUCUUUACUAAGAAUCUCAGAUGUACGUCGCGAUCUUCGAGAGCAUCUGGACAUGCUCCAAAUUCGUCGCACUAGCAUCUUAGGAAUUCUCGCUGCACUGUACUUGCCUCUUUCAUUUGUAACCAGCUUUUUGGGCAUGAAUCUAAACCAGUUCCCAACCACUCAACAAUUUUGGCGCAACACCACGUUCAUUGAUGGGACCAGUUCAAACACGCGUAUCAAAGAUGCCGGAGCCAACCAAUCAUGGUCUCUAGAGAACUUUUUCGAGAUUGCAAUGCCGCUCAUGGUUGGAACUAUACUUGUGCCACUUGUUAUUGGAAGCAUCAUUCGAGCGUUCUUACAGGGGCUUGCACAAGGACAAACCUGGUGGCGCCUUUUGCUUGCUAUUAUUGUCAUUGGCUAUUCCUUUGCGAUACCCUGGUUCCAGCUUGGGAUCAUACCUUUCUGGGUGUUCACAGCACUGCAACUGUUCGCGAUCAUCCGAAGCCACAGAAUGAGUUGGCUUCGAGUCGUGUACUGGCUCUCGAGCGCAGCUUUGUCAGUUCUGUUUUUUCUCGACAUAGCGCCUUUUCCUAUAAGCGGCUUUUACGGCAUCUCUCUUUUCAUUUUCUGGUGGUGGAAGCCAGAUUUCUAUUACAGAUGGGACCAGGGAGGAAGACCAAAGUCUAAGGAGGACUAA